AGCUCCUCCCCCUUGCGUCGUAACUCCUCCCCCUUACGGAAAAGGUCCCUUAGCCCACUUGAUUCUAGCAUCUACCCUAGUUUUUUUAGCAGGCCAGAGCUCGUCCCCGGGGCGUCGCUACAGUUUGCCCCGCCCAUCACUCUCUCCUGCCCGGCAAGAGGAUAGGAAGGAGGAGGCUGCUCCAGGCCGGCACGGCAGCACUAACAAUAACCCAGCCACACUACUUCGGAUGUAGCUGCCGUGAUAAACAUGUCGGAGGACCCUUUACUAAGCACAGAGCCCAUUUAUAGACCCACAGACACCAGUGAUUCAGAUGAACAGGGCACUCUGCUGGCAGAGCACCGAAUAAACCAUUAUUAUGCUAAGAAACCAAAGGACCACUAUAAUGGAACAUAUAUUAUAUUUUUUGUACUGGGAGUGGGUUCCUCGCUCCCCUGGAAUUUUAUCUGCACAGCAAAACACUAUUGGAUGUACAAGCUCAGGAACUGUUCAGAUAUGCCAGUGAUAGAGCAGUCUGAGGUUUCAGACUUGAGUGACUACUUUGAAAGUUACUUUUCCAUUGCCACGGCAGUGCCAUCCGUGCCAUGUCUUAUACUGAAUUUCUUCCUUGUAAACAGGAUUUCGUCUCGGGUACGAAUACUAUCAUCAUUACUUGUCAUGCUGCUCACAUUUAUUCUGACCACAGUGCUGGUGAAAAUAGAUACUUCAUCCUGGACUAAGGAAUUCUUUGCUCUUACUUUACUUUGUGUAGCAAUUCUCAGCGGAGCAUCGAACAUCCUCACAGCUAGUGUGUUUGGUGUAACUGGACGCUUCCCAAUGAAACACUCCCAGUCCUUAAUAUCAGGCCAGGCGAUGGGCGGUACAAUCAGUGCGCUGGCAGCAAUUUUGGACCUGUCUGUCGCAUCCAAUGUUACCGAUAGCGCUCUUGCUUAUUUCCUCACUGCCGAUGUGUUUAUUCUUGUAUGCAUUCUUGUGUACCUGGUCCUUCCCCGAAUUGAGUAUUCCAGUUAUUACUUGAAUAUAUCUGAUGAGAGACCAGACAGUUCUCUGCCUGACGGUACAACAGAGACUAGUGUCAUUGUCUCAUCAAAGACAAACUCUCCCCCGAUAAUUCCUAUCUUAAAGAGGGUCAAGAUCCUGGCUGCCUGCUUAUUUUACACUUUCUUCGUUAGCAUCAUCAUUUUCCCAACCAUCUCUGCCAGCAUCGAGUCUGUUGAGAAGCACACAGGGAGCGUUUGGACUAAUAAAUAUUUCACUCCCAUGACAUGUUUCCUGGCAUAUAACUUUGCAGACUGGAGUGGACGCCAAAUCACAACAUGGAUCCAGAGCCCAGGGCCCGACAGCAAGGUCCUGCCAACACUGGUUUUUCUCCGAACAUUUUUUAUCCCACUGUUUAUGUUCUGUAAUUACCAGCCCCGGAAACACAUAUACGAAGUCUUUUUCCAGAGUGAUGUCUAUCCAGUUAUUUUUAUCACCUUACUAGGACUGAGCAACGGUUAUUUGGGGACUCUUGCUAUGGUGUAUGGUCCUAAAGUUGUUCCCAAAGAGUCGACCGAGGGUACUGCAAUAAUUAUGUCAUUUUUCCUUGGUUUAGGAUUAGCUAUAGGAUCAGCAUUCUCUUCCCUUGUUCACUUAAUAUAAUAAUUUUAACAUGGGCCAAACUUUUUUAAGCAUGAUUAAUUAAAAAUGCAUUUGUUUGAAAUGAACUUUGGAAUAAUAGAAAAUUAGAGGUAGUUCCUUUAGUAAGUGAAUAUUUAAUGCAUUUUUUUUUACUGUUAAAAAAGAUUCUAGCUUUACCUGUGUCUACUUGUUGGUCUUUAAACUGCGGUUCUUGGGGGUAAUUCCAAGUUGAUCGCAGCAGGAUUUUUUUUAGCAAUUGGGCAAAACCAUGUGCACUGCAGGGGAGGCAGAUAUAACAUGUGCAGAGAGAGUUAGAUUCGGGUGGGUUAUUUUGUUUCUGUGCAGGGUAAAUACUGGCUGCUUUAUUUUUACACUGCAAUUUAGAUUGCAGAUUGAACUCUCCACACCCAAAUCUAACUCUCUCUGCACAUGUUAUAUCUGCCCCCCCUGUAGUGCAUAUGGUUUUUCCCAAUUGCUAAAAAAAAUCCUGCUGCGAUCAACUUGGAAUUACCCCCCUUAUUCUGCAAUCCUUGUAAGCAUUAACGUAACACAUCAGUGACCAUCACAAAUAUACUAAUAAUACCAGUAUGCAUACAUUGUACUCAACUUAAUUAAAUUAUUUAUUGUCACUAGAAAACAUCACAUGCAAUUAACUGCAAUGACAAAAUAGUCAUACAAGAAUAUAAUAGUAACACGUAUUAAAAACCAAUUGUAAUCUAAAAAUUACAGACAGAAAGCAACUAUUCCUUUUAAGUUUAAAAUGAUUGACAUGGAUGGCUGUUGCCUACGAACAUUUUCUUUUCUUUUUAUCAUAUUAUUAUUAUUAUUUUAUCAUAUUUAUUGCCAAAUUUGUCCAGUCCUUCUCAAACAGCAAUGUGGUGGGUUUUUUCAAAACUUAAAACUGACUGGUAUACCUCUUACAUUCUCAGUGUUGCUGAGAACUGGACUUGCCUAUGGAUUUUACCCAGUAAAAACUCCAGAAGUUGGGUCUAUCUAUUUAAAACUCUACAAAAAUAACACAUUUGACAUGUUUACUAAUUGCUUUAAAUCCUGAUCUGCAAUCUGAAUGGCAGUACAAUAAGCUUUGUUAUAAUUGUUACUAAACAAUGUAUGAAAUAAUUGCUAUGUGUAAGGGUGUUAGCAGUAAUUUUAUUAGACGUAACAUCUAGGUAAUGUCUUACCAGUAGGGGGAAUUCUUACAAUACACCAGUGGUUCUCAAACUAUGCGCCUUGGCACCCUGGGGUGCCUCAGGGCAAUUGCAGGGGUGCCCUGGGUUGGUGGUCCAGGACCAAUUCAAAUUAUUUCUAGUCAAUCUAAUAGGCAAAACAAGUGCUUGUGGCUGGCAAUCAUAAAAUAUGCGGACAAACAUAAGCAAAUGUUGUCCCUCACCACACAAUUGAACCUCAGGAUGACAUACUGUAUAAACACAAUUUACUCAAUUUAAUAUAUCUUUCUAAAUUUCUCAAUAAGAAAUAUUUGGCCUAGCUGUGCCGCGAAAACAAUUCUGAUACUCUAGGGUGCCAUGAUUCAAAAAAGUUUGGGAACCACUGCCAUACACCAAUUGUGCUUGCAUUUACCGUUGUGCGUUUUAUUAUGUUACUCAAUCAAAAUGAGUCUUGUAACACAAGCAAUGCCUCUAAGUACCAAGUAACCCAUUCUGAUAAUUUUGUUUAAAUCAGAAUAUUAGGUUAUCAAGCGUUUUCCGCACAUUUUGAGUAUCACUCGUGCAUUAAAUAGUAAUAUUUUGGUGCUGGUUACUUUAAUAUUUUGCAAUUUAUGGAAAUAAAAAAUACUAUUGAUCCUU